AUGAAGUCGACAUUCUUUGCUGCCUUGACGGCACUGGCCGCCAAAGAGAUUGCUGCCCAUGCCACCUUCCAGCAACUCUGGCACGGCUCCUCCUGCGCUCGUCUCCCCCCUUCCAACUCGCCCGUCACCAACGUCGGAGGCCGUGACUUUGUGUGCAAUGCCGGUACUCGUGGCGUCGCUGGCAAGUGCCCUGUUCGCGCCGGCGGCACCGUGACUGUCGAGAUGCACCAGCAAACUGGUGACCGGUCCUGCUCUCAAGAAGCCAUCGGCGGCGCCCACUACGGCCCCGUCCAGGUCUACCUCUCCAAGGUCCCAGACGCCUCCACCGCCGACGGCACCUCCACCGGCUGGUUCAAGAUCCUUUCCAACUCGUGGUCCAAAAAGGCUGGCGGCCGCGUUGGUGACGAUGACAACUGGGGCAGCAAGGAUCUCAACGCCUGCUGCGGCAAGAUGGACGUCAAGAUCCCCGCUGACAUCCCCUCGGGCGACUACCUCCUCCGUGCCGAGUCGCUAGCUCUCCACGCUGCUGGUCCAAGCGGUGGCGGUCAGUUUUACAUGACCUGCUACCAGAUCACCGUCUCCGGUGGUGGCAACGCUAGCCCCGCGACGGUGAGGCUCCCCGGUGCCUAUGGUGCCAGUGAAGGGCAGGUGAACAUCCACGCUGCGCUUACUUCUUACACCGCCCCUGGACCGGCGGUUUAUUCUGGUGGUGAGACUAGAACUCCUGGUGGGGCUUGCACUGGGUGUGCGUCAACCUGCAAGGUUGGCUCUUCUCCUUCCGCGAUUGCUCCAGGAGGCGGUGGUUCUUCUCCUGCUGCUGGCGGUGGUAGUGAUGCUGGCGGCGGCAACUCCGGUUGCAGUGUUGCCAUGUAUGGGCAGUGUGGCGGUAACGGGUAUACUGGAUGCACGAACUGCGCUAGCGGAUCUUGCAAGGCUGUUUCGCCUCCUUACUACUCGCAGUGCGCUUAA